AACCAAUCUGUUGUAGGUUCGCGAUGUCUUAUUGCGCGACGUAUCCGUUUAGUAAAACGGUUUCUACUCUAUAAACAGCCAGAACCACGGAGGGUGUCAGAAAAAUUUGUAUUUUGUCAUCCUUGUCAUCGGAGCACCGGGAGUACUGUCAAACAUCACUUUAAAUAAAUUGUCGGACAAUUAACGGGUCGACAUGGGGGACGGCAAAGAGGGCGAACGACAGCCGUUACUAAAAAACGAGAAUGUUACUUAUAGUUCACACGGAAGCGAUUUCUUAGAGGAAAGUCAGUCGACAGUAUCUCCAAUUGGUCCCGAUGAACUACCUCCAUCGUAUCAGUCAGUUUUACAAGGCGGUAUGCCUAUGGUUACUUGCAGAGUUUGUCAGGCUAUGAUAGAAAUAUCUGGUAAAAGAGAUCAACAUGUUGUCAAAUGUUGUCAGUGCAAUGAGGCUACUCCCAUAAGGAAUGCACCACCAGGAAAGAAAUAUGUUCGUUGUCCGUGUAAUUGUUUGUUAAUAUGUAAAAGCUCCUCACAGCGUAUUGCAUGUCCAAGGCCAAACUGUAAACGUAUUAUUAAUCUUGCUCCAAGCCCAAUUACACCACCUGUUCUAUCUAUGCCUGGAAUGUGUAGAGUAUGCUGUGCUCAUUGUCAUGACACAUUCUUGUUUAACACAUUAAACAAUGCAUUGGCUCGAUGUCCACAUUGCCGAAAAAUAUCUUCCGUUGGCCCUGACUUCGCAAGAAGUCGAGCUAUUGCAUUUGUAAUUGCUGGAAUUAUAGCCUUAAUAAUCGCGAUAGCUGUGACCGUUGGUACACAUACGUAUGUAAAAACUCGCGGCGGAAUUUAUGUGGCUUAUGUUGGUGCAUUUCUAUUGGCACUUUUGUGUCUGGGACGCAGCAUUUAUUAUUUCACAAUAAAAAUUAGUUUGAUAGAAGGUCCAAUGUAGUCCUCUAAAUGACAAUCAACAUCUAAUAUUUUCAAACUGAUUCCUCUAACAUCAUGUGUCAGAUAUAAUAUAUUUAGAUCAAAUGUUUAUAGUAAUGACAAAAACAUAUAAGUCCUGCUAGGAUUUAACUGGUAGAUAUAAAGAUUCUCACAUAUGCACAUGCGAGUUCGUAUUAUAAUACCGUUCUCGUGCAAAAAUUCUCGCAUAUGCAUAUGCAGAUGUACGUAUUACGGACGAAAAGAACAUAUGUCCGAUAAAUGAAACUUUCUCAUAUAAGGUAAUCUACCUAGAAUUAUUAGAUGAGAAUGGGGAUGACCAUUUUAAACAAAGGGAUUGUUCCUCUGCACUUUUAUAUAUAAAAGCAUAGGACCAAUGCAACAGCCCCAAUAAAUUGUUUUCAUAUUUGAAAUAAAGUAUGCUAUAUAUGCUUUCUACAUCUACAGUAAAUAUAUAAAAUG